AGAACUGUUGCUUCGGCGCAUAGUUCAGUAUGGAUCCAAACUAUACCGGCUACAGUUCAGCUCCGAAUCAUGAAGAGCUUCCCGCUGUUUCUUCCCUCUCAAUUUGCAUUCGCUUUUUUGCUGCUUAACUUGCUGCCCGGAAUAAUUGUCUCCAGUAGCGCCAAGAUAAGUGAUAGCUGGCACAAAUUUAGAUGCUCAAGUGAUGAAAAGUGUCUUCGAGUGAACGUCGAAUAUCUGGCGAAAGAUGAAACUUAUUACGAUUCAUUGAACGAAUGCCGGCUUCUGUGUGGGGAAUACGGUGCAUUGUGGCCGAUUCCUUCCGGAUUGGUAGAGCGAGGGCAGAGCGUGGAAUCGUUUCUACCCCAAAAUGUGCGAUUUCGAUUGAAUCCUGCAAGUGCAAACGACCAAGUUCGUGAAUAUGUGGACGAAAUCCAACACAUUUCCAUAGCUAAUCUGUACCGAGAAUGUGGCCGGUACUGUAAUUAUAGUUCCGGAACGAUCGUGCAAGUAACGUUCAAAAUUCAAACGCCGGAAGUCACUCUCACAUGGUCGACUGACGAAUCUUACGAGAUUUCUAUCGAAACUCAAAACGGAAUUGUAGGAGUGACCAUAGUAGCCAAUACCGUGUUCGGGGCACGCCAUGCUCUGGAAACCCUCUCGCAACUGACCACGGCCAGAUCCUAUCCGGAUGGAAGCUCCCUCAUCAUUCUGUCCUCAGCCUACAUUCAGGAUGAACCUUCCUAUCCGCAUCGGGGAUUUCUCUUGGACACGGCCAGAAAUUACAUCUCUCCGAAAGCCAUCAAGCGGCAACUGGACGGAAUGGCUUCGUGCAAGCUGAACGUGCUCCAUUGGCACAUUACGGAUUCGCAAAGUUUCCCCCUACAGUUGGUUAGUUUUCCCCAGGUGACGCGAUUGGGGGCCUACUCGGAGCACCAGAUCUAUACGCAAGAUACGGUCCGGGAAAUUUUCCAGUACGCACGCUUCCGAGGCAUUCGGGUUAUCCUAGAAUUUGAUGCACCCGCUCACGUAGGAAACGGAUGGCAAUGGGGUCCCUCGGCCGGACUCGGCGAUCUGGCUGUUUGCAUCAACGAGCAACCGUGGCGGAAACUGUGCAUCGAACCACCCUGUGGCCAGUUCAAUCCGGCUAAUCCCAACCUUUACAAUGUACUCCGAGAAGUCUAUGCCGAUCUGGCCGCACUCAUUUCAACCCAAGAUGAUCCGGGGGCAAUUCUGCACAUGGGUGGAGACGAGGUGUUUUUCGGCUGUUGGAAUGCUACGCAGGAGAUUGUCGAUUAUCUGGCCCGGAAGGAUAAAAAUCGAACCGUGGAUGAUUUUCUAGAUUUGUGGGGAGAGUUUCAGGAAAAGGUAUUGAACUUGUGGGAUCAAGCCCGAGGUAAUGCAACUCCUGUGCCUACGAUUCUUUGGACAAGCCAUCUGACGGAUCCUGCCGUGAUUGAGAAAUAUUUACCCAAUGAUCGAUAUAUUAUUCAAACGUGGGUUCCGAGCAGCCAGGAAUUGCCUAAAGAACUUCUGAAGAAGGGCUACCGGUUGAUCAUUUCUACGAAAGAUGCUUGGUAUUUCGAUCACGGAUUCUGGGGCCUGACCAGCUAUUAUCAGUGGAGGAAAGUGUACAACAACAAAAUUCUGAGAGAUCAAAAAGUCCUCGGAGGGGAAGCUUGCAUCUGGACGGAGUUCAUUGACGAACAUUCUUUGGAUUCUCGAACGUGGCCCCGUUUGGCAGCAGUGGCCGAGCGCCUGUGGUCCGAUCCUCAGCUGGACGCAUCGAAAGUGGAAGGACGUUUCUACCGACAUCGUGAGCGACUCAUAGCCCGGGGUCUCAAUCCGGAGGCAGUCACUCCCAGUUGGUGCGUUCAAAAUGAAUCGGAAUGCCAAUAGGAAAUCUG